GUUUUCCCCCUAGCGCAAGAAAUUGAGCCCGGAAAAGGAAAGAGGGGGCGGGUGACCCCCAAAGAAUAAAUAAACACUGGCUAUUCGCCGCAGCUGGACGCAGGUCGGUUCAGUCCAGGUUGGGUCGGAACUGAACCCCUAAAAGCGGGUCCGCCUCCCGCCCUCGCGCCUGCCCGGAGCUGAGUUGCUGGCGGCGGUGGACGGCAGAGCAACGGGGAGUUUCCUCUCACCCUGGAUGGAGCUGAACUUUGAGUGGCCAGAGAAGCGCGGUCGCCCGGGGAUCGCUGCACGCUGAGCUCUCACCUCGAGACCCAGCGGCGGCGGCUUUGGAUUUUGGGGGGCGGGGACCAGCUUCGCGCCGGCACCAUGUUUCUAGCCACUCUGUACUUCGCGCUGCCACUCCUGGAUUUGCUGCUGUCGGCCAAGGUGAGUGGUGGGGACCGCCUGGACUGCGUAAAAGCCAGUGAUCAGUGCCUGAAGGAACAGACCUGCAGCACCAAGUACCGCACACUAAGGCAGUGUGUGGCGGGCAAGGAGACCAACUUCAGCCUGGCAACCGGUCUCGAGGCCAAAGAUGAGUGUCGCAACGCCAUGGAGGCCCUGAAGCAAAAGUCUCUCUACAACUGCCGCUGCAAGCGGGGCAUGAAGAAAGAGAAAAACUGUCUGCGUAUCUACUGGAGCAUGUACCAGAGUCUGCAGGGAAAUGAUCUCCUGGAGGAUUCCCCGUAUGAGCCGGUUAACAGCAGGUUGUCAGAUAUAUUCCGGGCAGUCCCGUUCAUAUCAGAUGUUUUCCAGCAAGUGGAGCACAUUUCCAAAGGGAACAACUGCCUGGACGCGGCCAAGGCCUGCAACCUGGACGACACCUGCAAGAAGUACAGGUCUGCCUACAUCACGCCGUGCACCACCAGCAUGUCCAACGAAGUCUGCAACCGCCGCAAGUGCCACAAGGCCCUCAGGCAGUUCUUCGACAAGGUCCCGGCCAAGCACAGCUAUGGGAUGCUCUUCUGUUCCUGCAGGGACAUUGCCUGCACGGAGCGGCGGCGACAGACCAUCGUCCCCGUGUGCUCCUACGAAGAACGGGACAAGCCCAACUGCCUGAAUCUGCAGGACUCCUGCAAGACAAACUACAUCUGCAGGUCGCGCCUUGCGGACUUUUUUACCAACUGCCAGCCGGAGUCAAGGUCCACCAGCAGCUGUCUAAAGGAGAACUAUGCAGACUGCCUCCUGGCCUACUCUGGACUGAUUGGCACAGUCAUGACCCCCAACUACAUAGACUCCAGCAGCCUCAGUGUGGCCCCCUGGUGUGACUGCAGCAACAGUGGCAAUGACCUGGAAGAGUGCUUGAAGUUUCUGAAUUUUUUUAAGGACAAUACGUGUCUCAAAAAUGCAAUUCAAGCCUUUGGCAAUGGCUCAGACGUGACCAUGUGGCAGCCAGCCCUCCCGGUACAGACCACCACUGCCACCACUACCACUGCCUUCCGGGUCAAGAACAAGCCUCCAGGGUCAGCAGGGUCUGAAAAUGAAAUCCCCACACACGUUCUGCCACCUUGUGCAAAUCUUCAGGCACAGAAGCUGAAAUCCAAUGUGUCGGGCAGUACACAUCUCUGUCUUAGUGAUCCUGAUUACGAAACGGAUGGUCUCGCUGGUGCCUCCAGCCGCAUAAACAAAAAUUCAAUGUCUGCUGCUUCCAGUUGCAGUCUGAGCUCACUGCCGGCUCUGGUGGUCACCACUGUAGCCACCCUGUUAUCUGUAUCCUUGGCAGAAACAUUGUAGCUGCAUUCAGAAAAGACGAAAAGACAAGCGAGAGAAAAGAACAAACAAACAAAACCAAGCCACCUGUUUCCUGUCCUCUUGUAUAUCUGAAAAUCCAGUUUUAAAAGCUCUGCUGAGAAAGGGUUUCAUCCAACUGGAACACUUUGUUGUUUCUAAGGAAGCUUCUGGUGACCCCCAGGGGCUUCUGUGGAAGAACCACUACAGGGCUUACUCCAGACUCAGAAGGCUCCUCGGCAUGGUGUGGGUUAAGGGGACCAUUUGUAAACUGAAUGUAAAGCAAUCUUGAGGCUGUGUUUUUGAUGGUGAUAGUUGUGGUGGUGAGGAUGGCGGUGAUGGUUUUAACAGCUUAAAGUCUGUUCUUUCUACUGGCUAGAACAGGAGAUGCUAUUGACAAAGAUUCUUCCCUGUCUUCUUUAAUAGCUUUGAACUGUAUUAACAUGACUGCACCCUGAUAAUGAUGACAAAUGAAGGUUGGCCUCAUGAGUGGACUUUUUGGACUCCUUCCUGUACUAAAAAUGUCCACCUCUCUAUGUACAUUCUGCACACAGUGUUUAUGUACCUACCAACAAUUCUGUGACCCUCAACAAAACAAAAACCCAGUCACAUCCAAAUGUAGAAUCUGUCAUUCAGCCCAGUGGAGGAGAGGCGGCUGCAGGCCUCACACAGCGCCAGGAUUGCUGACUGACCCUCUCCUGAGCCUUACCUGAGUGAGAAGCCCUUUAAUAGGAGCCGGCUACGGCUGAAGUGCAACUCUUAAUGCUUUUUACACCUACAACGUCACACAUACAAAAGGUGUUGCUUUGCUAUUCAGUGAUUCCAACUAUUGGCUUUCUACGUUUUGAAAGUAACGAUAUGUCCUUGUUUUUUACUGAUGGUUUAAUACAGACACAUGCAGCGUGUUUUCCUCUCAUGAUUAGUGCCAGCCCCAAUAUUAACUUCACCAAUAACAGCUCUCGGAAGCAGACCCCCAGAAGCCCCCCCCCCCCCAUGCUUUAGCUGAGACUGCAUCACAUUAUUGUGGAUAGGCAGGAGAAAACAGAGCAGCCAGCCCCUGUCUAUCCAGCUUGAAAAGCAAGGCUGGGGACAUGGAAGGGACAGGUCGAUCCUUGUAAAGGUGCCACACUUGGGUGGCAUGACUGGCAGUUGGCACAGCCCCAGUACCUUGGCUUUCAUGUUACCUGACAAGGGCAGCUUUGAUCAUGACUGGGCACAAGGGACAAGAUAGCGAUAACUCUUUAAAAGUUGAUCCCCGCCCAGGGUGCACAGGAGUAUCCGCGCUCCUGACUGUGGUGCCGUGGCCACUGUUUAGAGCAGUUGGUUUCAGGGUCACCAGGCAUCUGCUCUGUCUACCCCUAUGGCCUUUAUCACAGACAGUGCCCCUGCAGAAAGGAAUGGUGGUUUAUGGAUCUUGAGGGCUAACACGGUCUGGAAAGGUGAAUUGGUUGUCAAAAACACACAGAGCAGGAUCGGACUGUCUUGAUGGGACAUGUGGCUUACACAGCCACACACCUCCUCCUGAGUCCUCUUCCUUGCCUGAGCAGACCCUUGGGUGUAUAUCUAAGCCCUGCUGUAGAUGGUCAGGUUCAGAAUCUUCAGCUGAUUGCCUACUGGCAACCGUCUUUCCCCAAAAGUGAAUAAAGGAAAGGAAUUCUUCCUCCAUGGAGCCCUGGAAGUGUUGUCUUGCUUCCCACCCUCAGAGAGACAGAAGUGGGAGCCCUGGGGCACACAUUACCC